AUGCAUCAAAAUACUAUCUUAUUAUCAAAAUAUCCUCUUUAGACUAAAAUAGCAAUAUGCAUCAAGAAAUGUAUUUUACAACCACAAUGUUAACGUUCAUAUUUUUUUUAGCAUACAUUUCUAUUAUAAUCUUUCUUUCACUCAUUGUUAGAACCAAAAAACAAAACUACAAUCUUCCACCAGGACCUUCACUUUUUUCAAUCAUGUUAAAUAUUUUUGAACUAGCAAAAAAACCACAAUAUUCAUUAGCCCAAAUCUCCAAAAAACAUGGCCCAAUAAUGCAUAUUAAGUUAGGUCAAAUAUCAACCAUAAUAAUUUCUUCACCAAAUAUAGCACAAGAAGUGCUUCAAACACAUGAUCGAUUAUUCAUAAAUAGACCAAUUCCAGAAGCUGUACAAGUUCUUGGUCAUGAUCAUUUUAGCUUACCCUUUAUGCCAUCUUCAAAUCUUUGGAGAGACUUAAGAAAAUUAUGCAAAAAUCAUUUGUUUUCUAAGAAAACUCUUGAUGCUAGCAAGGAACUUAGGUGUAAGAAGUUACAACAACUUUUAAGUGAUAUAGAUAAAAGUAGCUUAAUUGGUGAAGUUGUGGAUAUUGAAAAAGCUGCUUUUAAGACUUCAUUGAAUUUUAUGUCAAAUACUUUUUUUUCUAUGGAUUUUGUUAACUCUCAAGGUGAAAUUGACGAGUAUAAAGAUAUAGUUGAAAAUCUUAUAAGAGUAAUAGGGACACCAAACUUGGUUGAUUUUUUCCCAUUUUUGAGGAUGCUUGAUCCACAAGGUAUAAGAAGAAUUUCAACUACUUAUGCUGAAAAGUUGUUGCAAAUAAUUGAUUCUUAUAUUAGCAAAAGAUUGGAGUUAAGAGAAGGUGAAAAUUAUGUCACAAAUGAUGAUGUGUUAGAUACUUUGCUCAACAUUUCUCAAGAGGAUGGCCAAAAGAUGGACAAAGCACAGAUCAGACAUUUGUUUCUUGAUUUAUUUGUUGCGGGAACCGAUACAACUUCCUAUGCAAUAGAACGAGCAAUGGCAGAACUAGUCCACAAUCCACAUGCAAUGUUAAAAUCCAAAGAAGAACUUGAGCAAAUAAUUGGUAUAGGAAAUCCAAUUGAAGAAUCAGACAUUACUAGACUUCCAUAUUUGCAAGCAGUUGUAAAAGAAACAUUACGUUUGCACCCAUCAGCUCCACUUUUGUUACCAAGAAAAGCCAAUGUUGAAGUAAAAGUUCAUGGAUACACUAUUCCCCUAGGAGCACAAGUCAUAAUUAAUGAAUGGGCCAUGGGAAGAAACCCAAACAUUUGGGAAAAUCCAAAUUUAUUUUCACCUGAAAGAUUUUUAGGGUCCGAAAUUAAUUUUUACAAGGGUCAAAAUUUUCAAUUGACACCAUUUGGUAGUGGUAGAAGAAUGUGUCCCGGCAUGCCACUUGCUAUUAGAACGUUACAUAUGAUGAUAGGAUCAUUGAUUAACUUCUUUGAUUGGAAAUUGGAAAAUGGAGAUAGAGACAUUGAUCAACCCUUGAGAGCUAUUCCAUUUAGAGUAAAUAAGGUGUAACAUAUAGUAGGAGUUGUGAUCCUCUCCAUUUCCCAAAAGAAAUGGAAAUGUCGUAUAUCUUUUGUUGGUAUACAUACUAGACGACCACCUGGAAUAGUCCAGACCUAUUUUUUAUGUAUUUAAUAGGCAAUUCGAACAAUUUAGUAGAACUUUCGUCUUCCGUGAAAACGGAACGACAUAUCCUGAGUUUCAAGUACUUUAUUAUAAAGGAAAAGCAACCGCUCCUUGAAUAUUACUCA